AGUUUGACGUCCCAUGUGACUUCAACACUUCCUCCAAACGACACUUUCUCUCUAUCACUUCUCAAACAGGUUCUGAACAGUAUUUUAUCUGAAACACGACCGAGAAUCAGUGUCAUAGCGAUGCAAAAGCCACCAGCACUGGUGCUUCCUGGAGCCGUUCAGCUGAGAAUCAAGAACUCUCAGAGCAGCACUGGAGAAAGACUCAGCCAGACCAAAUCUAUGGUCCUGCCAGAGGCCGAAACACUACAAAAACCCAUCAACCGUCACCGGAGGAAUCAGUCUCAGCAUAACAGUGAUGUUUCUGUUGGGUUGCAGCCUGUUUUAAAAGGGGAAUAUUUGAACAAAGCCAAAAUUGCUGAAGGAGGAAAGAAGUUACGGAAAAACUGGACUUCAACCUGGGUUGUUCUUUGCUCCAAUCAACUAUUAUUCUAUAAAGAGAGCAAACAAGAAGCUGUGUCAAAUUUGAAACCAGGUGGUAAACCAGAUGGUGUGGAUCUGAAUGGGGCUGUAAUUGAGUGGACGAAAGAGAAAUCUAGCCGAAAGAAUGUGAUUCAGAUAACCACCCCGACUGGUCAUGAGUUUCUGCUGCAGGCAGACCACUUUCCAACCAUCUCUAAAUGGCAUGAUGCCAUUAAGAAAGCGGUGGACAGCCUGUCAAGUGGAUCUGGAGGCCAGAGCUGUGGUAGAGUGGCUCUACACCGAUCCAACAGCACAGAAUGCCUGUCCAGACCAACCUGUGAAAGCUCCAAACCCAAACCAAAAGAGACCAAAUCUGAACACAGACGCUCCAUCAUGUUCAAGCUGAAUUACAGCGCCUCAGACAGCGCCGACAAGAAUGGAGUAAAGAACAGACUGAAGAAGUUCAUCUCCAGACGGCCCUCUAUGAAAACGCUACAGGAGAAAGGCAUUAUUAAAGACCGAGUGUUUGGUUGCCACAUGCUGACCCUGUGCGACAGAGAAAAGACCACGGUGCCCAAAUUUGUCAAGUUGUGUGUGGAGGAAGUCGAAAAGCGAGGCCUGGAGGCUGAUGGGAUAUACAGGGUGAGCGGCAAUUUGGCUAUUAUCCAGAAACUACGCUUCCUAGUAGACCAAGAGGAGGAGCUUGACUUGGGCGACAGCCAAUGGGAGGACAUCCAUGUCAUCACCGGAGCGCUAAAGAUGUUUUUCCGUGAACUGCCAGAGCCCCUGUUUCCCUUUCGCUUUUUCGACUUGUUUGUGGAAACCAUUAAAAUUAAGGAGCCCACACAGAAGGUUCAAGCCAUGAAGAAACUGAUCCAUCAACUCCCCAAACCCAACCACAACACCAUGAAACUGCUCUUCCACCACCUGAGGAGAGUUUUGACGAAGUCACAAAAAAACCUAAUGUCGACGCAGGGUGUCAGCAUUGUGUUUGGACCGACCCUUAUGUGGCCCGAGUUUGAAUCAGGAAAUAUGGAGGUCAAUAUGGUGUAUCAGAAUCAAAUAGUGGAGUGCAUUCUCAUUGGCUGCGUGGAGAUCUUUGGGCCAGCGGACAAGUAAAGAGACCUCAGAGACUGCAAACAGACUGCAAUCACGAGUGGAAAAAAAGAGAAAAAAAUGAGUGUUUUACAUUGUGCUUAAUCUUGGGUUGCUGUUGUUCUUAACCUCAGGUAAAGGAACAUUUCACAUGUAAUUUAGAAGCAGGGUUAACAGCGCUUUUCACUUGGGGUUAUGAAACUCUGCAUGACUGUGUUAGCAUGUGUGCUGCAUGUGCUUUUGACAGUCACAAAAACACUGUAUGCUGUGUGUUUAAGCAUUUGAAUGGGGGGAAAAGUGAAAAUUAUAGAGUUUAUUCUUGCUUUAAUUGUUGAAAAGUUCCAUCAACUUGAUAGAAUGUAUAUAUAUACCAUACAAGGAAGGUGUUCAACCCUAGUGUUUUAUAUAAACAGGUCACAUGCUGCAUACAUCUAGUCAAUGAUGCUGACACUGCAAUAUGCAAAUACAGUAAGGUUUAGGUUUAUUGUAAAAUGACACAUUAUUAAAUACCCAGGAUUAGUUGUUCAGCCCGGAUAAAUGAUGUGCAGUUUGAAACAUAAGGCAAAGUUUAGGAAAAACCCAAGGUUUACUGUUUAAGUGUGAAAAGCUCUUGUGUGUGCUGGUUACAUUUUUUGCUCCUGAUAUUUUUUUACAUAUAAAAAACUCAAAAUAAUUCACAUAAUUCACAUUUAUAAUUGUAAAAAAUAUUUUAUAUAUAUGUAUACAUUUAUAUAUAAUUAUAUUUUUGUAUAAUGCACAGGGAAGCCAUUUUUGUAAACUGAUAAGUUUUGUGUACUGACAGUUUUCAGUGCACAAUUUUAUUUCAAAAUAAAUAGGCAUUUUUAUGUCAUCAGAAACCUCAGAUACUAAA